AUGUGGACUGUCUUGCAUGGAAUGGUAGAUGGCACAUUCUACAGAAUGCUCGAAGACGCAGAAGAGUUGCAAGUUACGAAGCGUCAUGUGAAAGAGUGGCUUGAUGAGCUGAAAGAUGCAAUCUAUGAUGCAGAGGACGUCUUGGAUGAGAUUGCUACUGAAGCCUUGCAAAGCGAGUUGGAUGCUCAAUUUCAAACCACUGCAAGUAAGGUACGGAAGUUAUCCAUCUCUGCUUUUCGUAAUUCUUUUGUCAAAGAGAUAGAGCCAAAGAUAAAAGAGGUACUUGAAAGACUAGAAACUCUAGCACAGCAAAAGAAUGUCAUGGGUCUGAGAGAAGGUGUUGGAGGGAAAUCAUCUGACAGAUUGCUCACAACUUCUUUGGUUGAAGAAUCUGAUAUUUAUGGUAGGAAUAAUGACAAGGAGGCAAUCACUAAAAUGUUACUCUCAAAUGAUGCACGUGGCAACAAAAUGAGUGUGAUUGCCAUAAUAGGGAUGGGGGGGAUGGGCAAGACCACCCUUGCUCAACUUGUAUACAAUGACUCAAAGGUGAAGGAGCACUUUAACCUACACUUACGGGUUUGUGUUUCUGAAGAGUUUGAUGUGUCCAAGGUAACCAAAACAAUUUUGGAGAGACUAACUUCAUCAACUUAUGAUAAUAAGGAUCUAGAUCAACUCCAAGUUAUACUCAAGGAGAAAUUGGAGAGGAAGAAGUUUCUACUUGUUUUAGAUGAUGUGUGGAAUAAGGAUUAUGCUAUUUGGGAGAACUUCAGCAAACCUUUCAUAUCUUGGGCACAAGGAAGUAGGGUCAUCGUAACAACUCGCGAUAAUGAGGUUGCAUUAGUUAUGCGUGCUAGCUCAACGCAUCCUUUAAAGGAGUUACAAGAAGAAGAUUGUUGGUCACUAUUUGCAAAACAUGCAUUCUAUGAUGGUAACUCUGAUGCACAUGGAGAGUUAAAAGUAGUAGGUAGAAAAAUCAUGGAAAAGUGUGGAGGCCUUCCGUUAGCAGUCAAGGCAAUUGGUGCUCUAUUAAGAACUAAACCGAAUGUUGAUGAAUGGGAUAAGAUAUUGAAGAGUGAAUUAUGGGAUUUGCCAAUUGAUGAGAUGGGCAUUCUACCAGCUCUAAGAUUAAGUUACAAAUAUCUCUCUUCACAUCUAAAGCGUUGCUUUGCUUAUUGUUCAAUAUUCCCAAAGGAUUUUUCUUUCAAAAAAGAUCAAUUAAUCUUGUUAUGGAUGGCAGAAGGUUUCCUACCGCAACCUAAACACAAAACAAUGGAAGAAGUUGGGAAUGAGUAUCUCCUCACUCUAGAAUCAAGAUCAUUAUUCCAAAAAUCAAGUGAGGACAAGUCAUGUUUUGUAAUGCAUGAUCUUGUGAACGAUUUGGCAAAAUCUGUAUCUGGAGAAUUUAUUUUAAGGUUGGAGGGUGAGUGUCCUGACGAGAUUGUAAACAAAACUCGCCACUUGUCUUAUUUUUCCAAACAUAAUUUUCAUGGCUUGAAGAAGUUUGAGACCCUUCACAAGGCUAAGAGGUUGCACACUUUCCUACAUUUAGAUAUGUCAGAUUCUGAUUGGUUUCACUACUUCUUAAGUAAAACGGUAGUAGAUGAUUUACUUCCAACUCUAAGAUGCUUACGACUGCUUUCUCUGUCCCGAUAUAAGAACAUUACUGAAUUGCCAAAUUCAAUUGGUAAACUUAAAUACCUACGUUACUUGGAUCUCUCUUUCACUGAAGUUCAAAGACUGCUUGAUUCUAUAUGUCAGUUGUGCAAUUUGCAAACAUUGAGACUAUCACAUUGUAAAAAGCUUACUGCAUUGCCUAGAGAUAUGUGGAAACUCAUUAGCUUAAGCCAUCUUGAUAUUACCAAAACUAGCAUUAAAGAGAUGCCGAUUCAUUUGGGUAGAUUAAAACGCCUACUGACAUUGACUAAAUUUAUCAUUAGCAAAGGUACUGGGUCAUUUAUUGGAGAGUUGGGGAAACUUGUAAAUCUUCGGGGACCACUUGCCAUUUUGGAGCUCCAAAAUAUUGAAUCCCCCAAUGAUGCUCUAAAUGCAAGCUUGAAGGACAAAAAGCACCUAGAAGAGUUGGUAUUAGAAUGGAAUGUUGAAACUCAUGUUCCAGAAAGUCAGAGAAUUGUACUUGAUGGGCUCCGACCUCAUACAAAUUUGAAAAGCCUCAUUAUCAAAUACUAUGGUGGUAAAAGUCUUUCAGAUUGGAUAGGACUUCCUUCAUUCUCUAAACUAGCAUCUCUUCAUCUACAAAACUGUAACUAUUGCAAUAGUUUGCCACCCCUUGGGCAGCUACCCUCUCUGCAGUACCUCUAUAUUGUUGGGUUUGAUGAAGUUGUUACAGUGGGUCGUGAGUUUUGUGGCAGCGGUUCUUCUUCAUUUAAGCCAUUUGGUGCCCUUAAGGUUCUUAGCUUCAGAGAUAUGAAGAAGUGGGAAAAAUGGAUUUCUAUUGGUGACGAAAAUGAGGGCGUAAGUUUUCCUCAACUUGAAAAUCUUAGUAUUACAGAGUGCCCUAAGCUAACCGGAGGGUUGCCCACCCAUCUUCCUUCUUUAGCCAUGCUUAAAAUUUAUAAAUGUCCACAAUUGAUGGCUUCACUCUCAAGGACACCUGCUAUACGUGAUUUUUGGGUGGAAGAUUGUAAAGAGGUUUUGUUUGAUGAAUUGCCAGCUGGAAUGCAGACAGUCAAUAUUGGAGGAAUUGAGUCCCUACCGAAGGAAAUGAUAGACUCCAAUGGCAGUCUUCAAGAGUUGUCGAUCAAUGGGUGUUCUUCACUUAUGUUCCUUCCAAAGGAUGGCCUUCCCUCUACAUUAAAAACCCUCAGCAUCCGUGACUGUGGCUCACUUGUGUCCCUUCCCGAGGGAAUGAUAGACUCCAACGGCGGUCUUCAAGAGUUGGUGAUUGAGAGGUGUUCCUCACUUGUGUCCCUUCCUAAAGAUGGUCUUCCCUCUACAUUAAAAACCCUUGAGAUUGAAUAUUGUAAGAAGUUAGAGCUCCCAACAAACCUGGACUAUUCAUCCCUUGGAAAACUGUUGUUGGGGUAUUGUGAUUCUGUGAAGUCCUUUCCAUUAGAUUUAUUCCCAAAUCUUUAUCAAAUCAAAAUCUCGGAGUGUAGCAAUUUGGAAUCUCUUACGGUUCCAGAAAAUUAUGAACAUGAUUUAGUCGCCUUGGAGAUUAAUAUCAGUUCUUGCAGUAAUUUUGUUUCUUUUCCAAAAGGAGGAUUGCGUGCCCCCAAACUCACAAGGUUUUUGGUCAAUGGUUGUGGCAAUUUGAGAUCACUUCCUGACAAAAUGCACAUGCUCCUUCCGUCUCUUAAGGAUUUGUAUAUAUGGCAUUGUCCAAAAGUUGAGUCGUUUCCUGAAGGGGGGUUGCCUUCCAAUUUGAAAUCAAUUAAAAUAAGUGAUUGUGAGAAACUCAUUGCAAGUCGGAUGGGAUGGGGUUUGCAGAACCUCCCCUUUCUUAGAUCUUUGUCAAUCGGUGGCAAUUCUGAAGAUGUGGAGUCCUUCCCAGAGGAGCAGUUGCUGCCCACCAGUCUGACCUUCCUUGAAAUAUGGGACUUUCCAAAUUUGAAAUCUUUGGACAAGAAAGGGCUUCAACACCUCAAUGCUCUUGAAACGUUGAUUAUCUGGGACUGCCCUCAGCUCAAGUAUAUGCCGGAACAGGGGCUGCCUCCCUCCCUUUCUCUAGGAAUCUUCACAUGUCCUUUGUUGAAGGAAAAGUUGCGAAGUAAAAAAGGAAAAGAAUGGCGCAAGAUUGCUCACCUCGAACAGAUAUGGAUUGAUGACGAAUUGAUUGAAUAA